GAGACCCGAAGCGGCCGCUGGUCCGCGUGUCAGGUGAACUGAACUUCAGUUUAGAGUGAACUUCUCUCAAAGUCCUCAGUCACCUUGGGCUGUCAUCGGCUGGAUGCAGCACCAGCAGCAGCAUAUCACCCCUCACCUGACGAGAGAAGCUUUCCAGCCCGUGCCUGCCUUACCUCUUUGUCCUUUGUUUGGACUGUUGGGGAGAAGCCAGUUCCUCUCGUCUCCAUGCCGGUAGCUACGAGAAGGGAGCAGACCGAGUGAGGAGCCGCCAAGGGACACAGCGAUGGUGAGGUGCUGGAAGCGUUCAGAAAACCGCCUGGAGGAAGAAGAGUGCGCAGAUGGGGGCCCUGAGGAGUCCCCUUUGUUCCACUUCCCGCACAAGGCAUUCUGGGUCAGCCUCUCAGCCUGCCUGCUCCUGGCCAUCCUCGCCCUGGGUUUGACGGGGCACUUCGGGAGGUCUCAGCCUCACUCUCAGCCUUUGCAGACUGUGAGGUUCACUGUUUCAGAUCAGACUGGCGCGCUUAUCAACCAAUCAGCAGUUGUUGACCAGCAGAAUGACCUGGUGACCUUUUCUGUGACCUCGUCGAUGAAUCAGACGUCCACUGUGCUCUUUGAUAUAAAACAUAGUCUGAUAUGCUACAAACCCGUCAGCCAGGAGAGCUGCUUCCUGAGAAAGAUGGAGGAGUCAGACUACAAGAAUGUGAACUCCGUCCUCCACGAGUCGGCACGCAAGAGCCAGUUCCAGCUGUCUGGGAAUGAGACCCAGAGGCAGAUGGAGUUCCUGGGAGUACUGGCAGCCAGUCAGGUGAAUGUGUCCUCGCUGGAGGAGCCUCUCCAGGCCCUGUGUCAGGACAGGUCGGUCCACUGGACCAGGAGGACCGAGGGCCCAGGCAAACAGAGGUUGGUCUACUUCUGCAUCGACAUCUGCUUCCCCAGCAACAUCUGCGUGUCCGUGUGCUUCUACUACCUUCCAGAGUGACUCUGCAUUCUCUCUCGAUCCUCCCGGCAAAAGAUCAGGGAAACAAAGUUGUCUCUUUUUUUUUUGUUUUUGGCUCCCUCUUCAAGAACAAAAGCGAGCUUUGACUGUUUCCUUUGUGCCAUACAGCCACCAGUAAACCAUUUUCUUCCUUCCGAGAAAGAAGUGAGCUGGAGACAGGCUGUCACAUUUAUCGCCAAAUCCCCAUCAUCACUCUCUUCAUGUAUAAUUCCCUCUCUGGUGGCACGCUUCAAA